GUCCAUCAUUAUCAUGCUUAAACCCCAAACCAAAACCAGAUUGAAUCCAUCCUUUUCUCUAACCUCCUGCGUCUAUUCUGUUCUAUUCUAUUCUGCAACCUCUAAACGUGAUUCUUCAACUUCGGCUACGCAAUUUUGUCUUGUCGCCGCAGCCCUUUGCUUGCCCAAAGCAUUGAUCUUUAAUUCUUUCCGUCAUUCCCCAUCCCCACCACUUUUCUCUUCUUCCUUCUUCUUUUCACACUAGCCACAAACUUUCUGGUUGUCCAUUUCUCCACUUCCCCACUUGUGAAACAUUAAAAAUCCCACACCUGGGUUCUGUGAUUGGUUCAUCAGACUUCCGCCGCCGAAAAGGUUAGUUCCCAACUUAGCACUUCCUUCCCAAUUCGUAAACUCUCUCACCAAGUUUUCACUUUUUGCUUGAAUGGCUUCAAACCCACCAGCUGCCAUAGAAAUGGGUAAACUAAGUUCUGUCCUUUUUGCAAGUCCCUGCUUCUUUGUUUAGCAGAAUGGGAAGGGAAAGCAUUUACCUUCGAGCACGUUAAUUAAACAGUUCUGUAUCUCUCUGGUCUUUUGGUUCGCGUGGAUUUCAAGUUUCUCACUUUGUUCUUCUGUCCUCGUAAUUUGCCUCUCUCUCGUAAAAGCUGAAAUGCCAUCUGCACUAGAUUCUCCCCCCUUUUUAUUAAUUACUUAAGAAGGGUGUCAAUGGCCCUCCACAAUAUUUCCCCCCAUGUUGAGUACUUGAGUUCUCUUCACCGUGUGUGUAAAUGGUUGGUGUUUCACGUGGGUUGUUUCAAGAAAGCCGAAUUUUGCCUGCCUAUAUUUAGGAAAGAGGCCCUCAGUUUGCAUAAUGGGGGCUGUAGAUUGCUCUUUAUUUGAAUUGAGAAUCUGAUCCUUGUUUCUGCUAGCUACCCUGUCAUUCUUUUGACGCCUAAGCUGGAUUUUUCCUUCUUCGGUAUCUUUCCCAUUGAGUGGGAACUUGAAACCUAAUGGCCUAAAAUAUCAAACUUUGAAAUGGGAUGGUUCAAAAAAUCUGGUUUGUUGGCUGAAUGUUUGCCAAGGUUUGUGCUUCCUCUUAUGUGUCUGCCCAUACGCAAAGCAGUAGGUCCUUGAUCCAUUUUCGAAUUCAUUUACUUUGCUUGCUUGUGUUGGUAUAAUGACAAUUCUGAUGGAAGUUUGCUUCCCAACUUUCAUUAUUAAUCUCUAGGUUCUCAUGGGUUGAUUGGGCACACAUUCAGUGGGCACUUGGAGAUCAUAGUGGCAUUCUUGGCUUCAAAUGAAGACAACUUGCUUUCUUCUGCUCGUGUUCCUCUUCUUUAGACUCUUCCCUGGUGGCCACAGUGGAAAUGGUACCUCCAGGCCUGCUGUAGUAAAUAUUGGAGCCCUUUUCACAUUUGAGUCCUCCAUUGGAAGAGUUGCUAAGAUUGCCAUCGGGGAAGCUGUCAAAGAUGUAAAUGCAAAUUCCAGCAUCUUACCGGGAACCAUACUGAAAGUGCAGAUGCAGAACACCAAUUGCAGUGGGUUCGUAGGCAUGGUUGAAGCUCUGCAGUUCAUGGAGACUGAUACUGUCGCCAUCAUUGGUCCACAAUCUUCUGUAGUCGCCCAUAUCAUUUCACAUGUCGCAAACGAGCUCCAAGUUCCCCUCCUCUCAUUUGCAGCAACUGACCCAACUCUCAACUCGCUUCAGUUCCCCUUCUUCAUUAGAACCACGCACAGUGACACUUACCAAAUGGCUGCAGUGGUCGAGAUAGUGGAUUUCUAUAACUGGAAGCAAGUAACUGCUAUCUACAUCGAUGAUGACUAUGGAAGAAAUGGCCUUUCAGCUCUAGGCGAUAAGCUUGCUGAGAGGCGGUGCAAAAUCUCCUACAAAGUGGGAAUCCCUCCUGAAUCUGGUGCUAACUCAAGUGACACAAUGGACCUUCUUGUCAAGGUUGCAAUGAUGGAAUCUCGGGUCAUUGUUCUUCAUGUCUAUCCUCAAAAGGGCUUCGAGAUCUUCUCCAUGGCGAAUUAUUUGGGAAUGAUGGGGAAUGGGUAUGUAUGGAUAGCAACAGAUUGGCUUUCUUCUGUGCUCGAUUCUGCACCACUUGAUUCUGAUACUAUGGAGAAGAUACAAGGAGUCCUUGUUCUUCGCCAGCAUACUGCAGAUUCAGAUCGAAAGAAGGCAUUUAUCUCUAGGUGGAACAGUGGUGGCUUUCCUGGGCUGAACUCCUAUGGCCUGUUUGCUUAUGAUUCUGUGUGGCUUGUUGCUCAAGCCAUCGACAAGUUCUUCAACCAAGGUGGGGUCAUCUCAUUUUCUAAUGACUCAAGGUUGAGUGCAGGAGGAGACAGUAACCUUCACUUGGAUGCAAUGAGCAUUUUCAAUGAUGGGAAGCUUCUCCUGAAAAACAUACUGCAGGGCGAUUUUGUUGGUCUGACUGGUCGUAUCAAGUUCGAAUCGGAUAGAUCUCUGGUCCUUCCAGCUUAUGAUGUGAUUAAUGUGGUUGGGACUGGGUUUAGAAGGGUUGGUUACUGGUCAAAUUAUUCUGGUUUGUCAACUGUCACUCCUGAGACACUUUACACGAGUCCACCGAAUCGUUUGAGUGCUGACCAGCAGCUGUAUAGUGUGAUUUGGCCCGGUGAGACAUCUGUAAAGCCUCGUGGAUGGGUUUUCCCCAAUAAUGGGAAGCAAUUGAGGAUUGGUGUGCCGAUUCGAGUUAGCUACAAGGAGUUUGUGUCGCCAGUCAGAGGAACAUCUGACAAGUUCCAAGGAUUUUGUAUAGAUGUUUUCACUGCUGCUUUGAACUUGUUGCAGUAUCCUGUUCCUUAUCAGUUUGUUCCUGUUGGAGAUGGGAAGAAGAACCCCAGCUACACAGAUAUAGUGAAUUCAGUCUACACAGGAGUUCUUGACGCUGCUAUUGGUGACAUUGCCAUUGUUACAAACAGAACAAAGAUAGUAGACUUCUCUCAGCCUUAUGUGGCAUCUGGGCUGGUUGUGGUGGUUCCAUUCAGGAAGUUGAACACAGGGGCAUGGGCUUUCCUUAGGCCCUUCAGUCCCAUCAUGUGGAUCGUCACUGGUUGUUUCUUCCUUGCUGUUGGCAUUGUUGUGUGGAUACUGGAGCACAGGAUCAAUGACGAAUUCAGAGGCCCUCCGAAAAGACAGAUCAUUACUGUUUUGUGGUUCAGCCUCUCAACUUUGUUUUUCGCCCACAGAGAGAACACAGUGAGCACACUUGGACGGAUGGUGCUGCUAAUAUGGCUCUUUGUGGUUCUCAUAAUCAACUCCAGCUACACAGCAAGCCUGACAUCAAUCCUCACAGUGCAACAGCUCUUUUCUCCAAUCAAAGGAAUCGAAAGCUUGAAGGAAGGCGAUGACCCUAUAGGAUAUCAAACAGGUUCCUUUGCUGAAUACUAUCUGGGAGAGGAGCUACGCAUACCAAAGUCUCGGCUAAUUGAACUUGGCUCACCUGAAGAAUAUGCUGCAGCCCUCCAAAAGGGUCCCAAGAAUGGAGGAGUUGCUGCAAUUGUCGAUGAACGCCCCUAUGUGGAACUCUUCCUCGCAUCUCAAUGCACGUUCCGAAUCGUGGGUCAAGAGUUUACCAAAAGUGGUUGGGGAUUUGCAUUUCCGCGUGACUCCCCACUGGCUGUUGACAUAUCAACCGCGAUCCUGGAGCUAUCGGAGAACGGGGAUCUCCAAAGGAUCCAUGAUAAGUGGCUGGUGGGGUCCAGUUGCAGUUCGGAGACUUCAGAGAUUGAAUCAGACAGGCUCCAUCUUAAGAGCUUUGUCGGCCUUUUCUUGAUAUGUGGGGUGGCAUGCUUUGUAGCUCUUGUCAUAUACUUUGUGGAGGUUAUCAGGAAACUUUAUAGAACUGAGCCUAAUGAAGCUCUGGAGUCCGGUCAGGGUAGCUCGUCGCGUUCUCGAAGUAUUCAUCGUCUGUUGUCGAUAAUGAAUGAGAAGAAAGACACUUCCAAGAAGGGUAGGAGUAGUAAGAGGAGGAAGUUGGAGACUUCACUAUCUGAUAAUAGCAGGCUGGGUGAGUUUGAGAAGAAUGAGAAGAGAGAAAUGGAAAUGGAGAUACCAAGAAGGAACAUGAAUGGAAAUGGGAUUAGUCCCGAGUAAGAGUCGAGUUUUUACAGUCAAUCAACAGCAAAAUAUAUAUAUUGAUUAUGUAUAGAAAUUGGAAUUGAAGGGUCUCAAAGAGGAGGCUGCUUAUCAGUAUCAUUAUGUAAAGAAAUUGUUAACGUAAUG